GUUCUGAAUAUGGUGCGAUGUAUGCUAUCAAAUAUGAAGGUACCUGCUGUGUUUUGGGCAGAAGCAGUUGCUUGGACAACACAUGUUUUGAACAGGAGCUCAACAGCAGCAAACCAAGGUAAAACACCUCAAGAAUUGUGGGCUGGAAGUCCUCCCUCUGUGUCCCACUUUCGUGUAUUUGGUUGUGUUGCAUAUAUGCAUGUGCCUGACCAGCAGAGAAAUAAGUUAGAUGAUAAGAGCAUUCCUUGUCAAUUCAUUGGCAUCUCAGCUGAAUCAAAACCUACAAGCUCUACAAUCCUAACACCAGAAAGGUUGUGAUUAGCAGAGAUGUAGUUUUUGAUGAAACUAAAGGUUGGAGAUGGGAUUCUGAGAUGCAGCCUAUUCAGACACAAGUAUUUUUGGAAGAAGGUGAUCGAGACUGGUUUGAUUCAGACACAGAAGAUGAUGCUGCAAGUUUGACUGUGCCAGUUAUUCCUGCAAAUCAAGAAUCACCACAACUCACUACUCCAGCAACACCAGAAGGAUCAGGAGGAGGUUCCACAAGUGCUGACAUCAUUAAUGAGGAUGAAGUGGACAUGGGAACAGAUGUUUUGGGACUCCCAAGUGCCAACUUAGGGAAAAGGGUCAACAAGUUGCCUAGUCAUUUCCAGAACUAUGACAUGAGUUUCACUGCCACUGACUGGGUAGCAAUGGUAGCAGUAACUGAUGAUCCUCAAACCUUUGAGGAAGCAAUGCUGGAUCCCAAGUGGAAUGCAGCAAUGCAAGAAGAAAUGCACUCCAUUAAAAGGAACAAUACCUGGACUUUGACUGAACUUCCAGUAGGUUUUGAAGCUAUUGGGUUGAAAUGGGUAUAUAAGACAAAGUUGCAGGAGGAUGGAAACAUAGACAAGUUCAAGGCCAGAAUUGUGGCCAAGGGGUAUUCUCAGAAGGAAGGCAUUGAUUACACGGAAGUGUUUGCUCCAGUAGCUCGUUGGGACACCAUCAGAACAUUCUUGGCCUUAGCAGCUCAUCAUGGUCUUUCAAUCUAACAACUAGAUGUCAAAAGUGCAUUUCUCAAUGGGGAGCUCACUGAAGAAGUUUAUGUGGAGCAACCACCAGGGUUUGUGGUUACUGGGGAGGAAAGGAAGGUCUACAGGCUUCACAAGGCUCUCUAUGGCCUGAAAUAGGCCCCUAGGGCCUGGUACAAUAGGAUAGAAUCCUAUUUCAUCAAGUCUGGCUUUGAGAGGAGUCCCUAUGAACAUACACUGUUUAUUAAGAAGGCUGGAAAUGGUAUUCUAAUCCUAAACUUGUAUGUGGAUGACUUGAUGUAUGCAAGCAACAACUCUAAGAUGAUUGCUGACUUCAAACAGGCAAUGCAAUCAGAAUUUGAGAUGACAGAUCUUGGGAGGAUGCACUAUUUUCUGGGAGUUGAAGUCAUUCAGAGGGAAUCAGGAGUAUUCAUCAGUCAGCAGAAGUAUGUAAGGGAGGUGCUGACCAAAUUCAAUCUCCUAGACUGCAAUUAUGUGCAUAAUCCCAUGAGUCCUGGCAGCAAAAUGAACAAGGUUGGGGAUGGAGUAAUGGUGAAUCCCACUGAGUAUAAGCAGCUGAUUGGAAGUCUACUAUAUGUGACAGCUACAAGACCUGACAUUAUGUACUCAGUGUGCCUUCUUAGCAGGUACAUGGAGCAUCCAACGAGACAACAUAUGCUAGCUGCUAAGAGAGUGCUAAGGUAUCUCAAAGGAACUAUCAGCUUUGGUAUCUGGUAUAAACGAAGGGGUGAAGGGGAGGAGGAGCUGUUGGGGUACACUGAUAGUGAUUAUGCUGGAGAUUCAGAUGACAGGAAGAGCACUAGUGGAUAUGUGUUUUUUCUAUCAGGUGGAGUCAUCUCUUGGGAUUCCAAGAAGCAACCUAUUGUUACCUUGUCAACUACACAAGCAGAGUUUGUUGCUGCAGCUCACUGUGCAACACAAUGUGUCUGGCUUUGAAGGAUCUUGGAGCAGAUGGGAUGGAAGAGAAGUGUCAAAGCUGCAACAGUCAUCUUCUGUGACAAUAGUUCAGCAAUCAAGUUGUCUAGAAAUCCAGUGCUCCAUGGAAGGAGUAAGCACAUUGAUGUGCGAUUUCAUUUCCUCGGGGAAUUGGCAAAUGAAGGAGUGGUUGAGCUCGAGCACUGUGGCACACAGGAGCAAGUUACAGACAUUAUGACUAAACCUCUAAAACUGGAAGUGUUUCAACUAUUGAGGGGCAAGAUGGGAGUGUGUGACGUCUCUGAGUUUGCUGUUGAAAUCUGAAGGUGAAGUGGUUGAACUGAACGAUGGAGAGAAGGUUCAGUUCAGGGGAGGAUCUGUUGGAGAAGAAGUCGAGCUGCAGCUGCUGAGCAAUCCGAAUCCGAGCAGGAGAAGGAUUGGACUUGGCGCCAAAGUUCAAACCAGAGUCUAGCUAAAUAAAACGGUGUCGUGUCAUUCAAUUCCGUGUGUCUGUCUGUCAAUUGGAUAUUUACAGCUUUAGUCCUCGAGUCUUGUUUAGUGUUAAUUAAGUCUUGUUAGCAGUUAAUCUUUGUAGUUGAUUGUGGAGAUCAUGUUGCUGAUUUCCAGGAAGCUUAGUUAGUGGUGAAAGCCAGAACUGUUGGCUGAAUCCCUCGAUGUAUUUAAGAGUCCCAGUUGCACUCUAAUGAAGUUUGUCAAUUUGCCACACUCUGAGUUUUCACAGUAAGUAGCAACUAAGAAAAUUAAGAGGUAGCCAGGAACGAACGGUAUCGAUACAAAUUAACCAUAUAUACUUACAAGACUAUAGCAAUAUUUAUUGUUUGUUAAACAAUUCCCAUUUCUUCAUUAAGUUACAAAUCCAACUACCUAAUUCAUUUGGAUUGUAUAUAAAUGGUUCAAGAAUCA